CUUGUAGUCAUCAGCGCCUCACUGCGGAAUUCAAAGCUAAGCUUGUCACAUUUGUUAACACCUUCUUUGACCAGCUUUUUUAUAUUUGACAAUUACUCUCUUUCGCCUUUUUCUUGCCGGCAGGAAAGUUUUGCGGUCUUGGUUUUAGCGAGUACCAUGUACAACGAACACCCCUUUAGUGUGCUUAAGUUGGGGGAAGAAUUCUAUCGGCUCGGGUUUGCAGGAUGCCGGUGCAGCUGACAACAGCCCUGCGUGUGGUGGGCACUAGCCUGUUUGCCCUGGCAGUGCUGGGUGGUAUCCUGGCAGCCUAUGUCACAGGCUACCAGUUCAUCCACACAGAAAAACACUACCUGUCUUUCGGUCUGUAUGGUGCCAUUCUGGGCCUGCACCUGCUCAUCCAGAGCCUGUUUGCCUUCCUGGAGCACCGGCGCAUGCGGCAGGCCAGCCGGCCACUGAAGCUGCCCUCUCCACGGCGGGCCUCAGUGGCGCUGUGCAUUGCCGCCUACCAGGAGGAUCCUGACUACUUACGCAAGUGCCUGCGUUCAGCUCAGCGCAUCGCUUUCCCGGACCUCAAGGUGGUCAUGGUGGUGGAUGGCAACCGUCAGGAGGACGCCUACAUGCUAGACAUCUUCCAUGAGGUGCUAGGUGGCACUGAACAAGCUGGCUUCUUUGUGUGGCGCAGCAACUUCCAUGAGGCAGGGGACGGCGAGACUGAGGCCAGCCUGCAGGAGGGCAUUGCCCGGGUGCAGGAUGUAGUGCGGGCCAGCACCUUCUCGUGCAUCAUGCAGAAGUGGGGAGGCAAGCGUGAGGUCAUGUACACGGCCUUCAAGGCCCUUGGCAAUUCGGUGGACUACAUCCAGGUGUGUGACUCCGACACUGUGCUGGAUCCAGCCUGCACCAUUGAGAUGCUUCGAGUCCUGGAGGAGGAUCCCCAAGUUGGAGGAGUUGGGGGAGAUGUCCAAAUCCUCAACAAAUAUGACUCCUGGAUCUCCUUCCUGAGUAGCGUGCGGUACUGGAUGGCCUUCAACGUGGAACGGGCCUGCCAGUCCUACUUUGGCUGUGUGCAGUGUAUCAGCGGGCCCUUGGGCAUGUACCGCAAUAGCCUCCUCCAACAGUUCCUGGAGGACUGGUACCAUCAGAAGUUCCUAGGCAGCAAGUGCAGCUUUGGGGAUGACCGGCACCUCACCAACCGAGUCCUGAGUCUUGGCUACCGGACUAAGUACACAGCACGCUCCAAGUGCCUCACAGAGACCCCCACCAAGUACCUCCGAUGGCUCAACCAGCAGACGCGCUGGAGCAAGUCUUACUUCCGGGAGUGGCUCUAUAACUCUCUGUGGUUUCAUAAGCACCACCUCUGGAUGACCUACGAAUCAGUGGUCACAGGUUUCUUUCCCUUCUUUCUCAUCGCCACGGUCAUUCAACUCUUCUACCGUGGUCGCAUCUGGAACAUUCUCCUCUUCCUGCUGACAGUGCAGCUAGUGGGCAUUAUCAAGGCCACCUAUGCCUGCUUCCUUCGGGGCAAUGCAGAGAUGAUAUUCAUGUCCCUCUAUUCCCUUCUCUAUAUGUCCAGUCUCCUGCCGGCCAAGAUCUUUGCCAUUGCUACCAUCAACAAGUCCGGCUGGGGCACUUCUGGCCGAAAGACCAUUGUGGUGAAUUUCAUUGGCCUCAUUCCUGUGUCUAUCUGGGUGGCAGUCCUUCUAGGGGGGCUGGCCUACACCACAUAUUGUCAGGAUUUGUUCAGUGAGACAGAGUUAGCCUUCCUUGUCUCGGGGGCUAUCCUGUACGGCUGCUACUGGGUGGCUCUCCUCAUGCUAUAUCUGGCCAUCAUUGCUCGAAGAUGUGGGAAGAAGCCAGAGCAGUAUAGCUUGGCUUUUGCUGAGGUGUGACAGAGCCCCCAACUAGGAUGGGGAAAAAGUGCAAUUGAUAAGGGAGGGAAGGGAGAUGCAAGAGAAACAGAUGGGGUGGGAGGGAGAAGGGAGUGCUGUGUUUUAAUUUCUUAAUGGUCUAAUGGACAAAUCUGAAAUGUAAAGAAUGACAACUGCAGUAUGGCCUGGGGUAGCUCUGCUUAGAGGAGGCAACCACAGCCUCCUCAGGCUAAGGGCAGAGCAGGGCUUGCCUGGUGGCUGGCUUCUGUGCACAGGAGGUGGCCUCAGGGGGAAUAGAUUUCCAAUUCCUCCCCCAGGAUCCAGAACUCAGAAGUGUGCUAAACCAAAUAGUUAAGUUUCAUUCAGUGGCAACUUCUGAUGGGUGAGUGAGCAACGGAAGG